AUGCCUGUCACCCUUUCGCACCCCAUCACGGAAAGAAUCCAGGCCCAGGCGUCAGAUGCUCCAUCCUGCGCGGUAAUGUAUUUCUGUCGCCGCGAUGCUGUGGAACGGGAAGCGGUGAUUCUAUUGGCAAAUUUGGGUACAAUACUAAACUGUGCGGCGACAAAAAGCUCCCUGCGGUGGAUCCAGCCUCUUGUUCGAUAUCUCGCUGGGCGUGAUGCAGGAGCCUGGCUUGCCGGUCAGAAUGCAGACACGGACCACAGCCAAGUUUUCGGGCUUGGCGGCUUGGUUUCCUUGGCACCCCACCCCGUCGCCGAUCCGCUCGAGGGCUGGACUUUCCCCUUUUCGGGCGGGAAAGCUUGGCUCGGAGCCUCACCGUCCCCACCUUUCCCGGGCGGAAGUCCGUAUACGCGCGCGCAUCACGUUCCCCGUUCGCCUACUGAACCAUACAGAAAAUUCUCUGAGGAGGCCCCGUCCGUCCAGCGUGCUUCGUACUCCACCAUCAAUGCUUAUCCUCCCUUACGAAGCUUCUCUGCACGUCGCCAAGCAGACAGGCGAGAGUGGACGCAGGAAAUGCUUAGCCAAAAUUUUAAAAAUGCGAUGAGGUAA